AUGAGAGGAUGCGCUUGCAGCCGACACCCACAUCCUGAUUUAUACUGGCCAACAACGCCUUCUUACACCCCAUACGAUGUCUUCUGCCAAGAGCAAACCGCCCCGUAUUCGAAGCGACGGUACUACGAGCUGGUGAAGGUCUACCAUCCAGAUCACCGCUCCAAUGAUCACCAGAUACUGAAACAUAUAUCUGAGGAAGUUAGACUACGGCGGUACCGUUUAAUCGUUACUGCUCAUGAAAUUCUAUCUGAUCCGGCUAAACGAGCGGCCUAUGACCGGGAUGGGAGUGGAUGGCACAGCCAUCCGGAUCAUCCGGACUCAAAGAGCUUUUCGCAAACAUAUGGUUACGCGGCAGAUAAAGAUGACUCAAUUUUUCAGAAUGCUACCUGGGAAGAUUGGGAAAGAUAUUAUAACAGACACCAGCCAAAACAAGUGCAGGUGGUAUCGCACAGAACGUUUGUAACAUUCAUCGUACUUUUGGUUACCUUUGGCGGUUUUGCUCAAGCCUCGUGGAUUACGCAGUACCAGACCAGCUUUGACCAGCGCAUCCAGGAAAUGAAUGAAAAGUCGGCACGCCUACUUGCUAAACGUCGCCAACAGAGUGAUAGCCUGAAAUCGACCGAGAGACGGGUACAGAAUUUCCUCAUCCAGAGAGACCCAAAGGGGAUUGGGUUGAAAGAAGAAGAGGGAACUGUAUACAGACAGACCCUCGAGCCACGAAAACAAGCACUCCCUGAAUCACAGAAGGUGCAACGUGAAUAG